CCGCCCCUCCUUCCUCCUUCCAGAUAGAGAGCGGGGCGGCUCCGCAACGCAAGCCGCGGCCAGAUCCGGAGCGAGACGGGGCUUCGCGCGCAGUUUUCCCCGCAGCAGCAGCGCAGUCCGGGGUGGGGGUGAGGGAAUCCCUCCGCACCAGCAUCCACAGCCAGGAAUGAGCUAUCGGACCACCCGCCCGGGAACUAUGGAGAAAGAGAUCAGCGUGGGGGAGGACGCCGAACUCCGGCUGAUCCUGGUGGGAAAGUCCGGAGGCGGGAAAAGCGCCACGGGCAACACCAUCCUCGGCCGGCCGGUGUUCAAGUCCAUCCUGGAGCCAAAUACCACCACCGUGAAGUGCCAAAGGGGUGAAGGAAGCUGGCGGGACAGGAAGAUCUCCGUGGUCGACACACCCGACAUUUUCGAUUCGGAAAACCACAGUGAGAUUGUGCAAAAUGAGAUCGCGGCUUGCGUCGAACUCUCCUGGCCUGGCCCGCACGCCCUGAUCUUUGUGACCCAGGUGGGGCGCUUCACAGCCGAAGAUGUGACAGCUGCAAAGCGUGUCCGGGAGAUCUUUGACGGCGAGUCGGCCAGGCACACGAUCGUCCUCUUCACCUGCAAGGAAGAUUUGAGAGGGGAAUCCCUGCAGGACUACGUCCGAAAUUCCAACAAUCCCAAUCUGCAGGCGCUGAUCCAGGGGUGUGGGAACCGCUUCUGCGGCUUCAACAACAAGGCCGUGGGAGCCGAGUGGCAGGCGCAGGUCUCGGAGCUGAUCGAGCUGGUGCAGAGAGUCGUUUCAGAGAACGGGGGGAGACACUACGUCAGCUGGAUGUACGACAUCCCCAUGGCAGCUACGGAUGACGGGGCCAAGCCGGCUCCAGUUUCCCUGAUGGAUGCUCCUGUUCGUCCUGCAGAGGGAGAAUGGGGAGACCGGACGAUGGACAUUACGGCAGCCGGCAGACCCGUUCCAGAUUCCGUGAUGGGUGCUCCUCUUCGUCCUGCGGCUGGAGAACGCAAAGAAGUGAUGAUGGAAGGGGAGAACUCCGAACUCCGACUGAUCCUGGUGGGGAAGUCUGGAGGCGGGAAGAGCGCCACGGGCAACACCAUCCUCGGCCGGUCAGUGUUCGAGUCCAUCCUGCAGCCAAACACCACCACCCUGAAGUGCGAAAGGGGUCAAGGAAGAUGGCACGAGAGGAAGAUCUCCGUGGUCGACACACCCAACAUUUUCGAUUCUGACAACCACAGUGAGAUUAUGCAGAAUGAGAUCAAGGCUUGCGUCGAACUGUCCCGGCCUGGCCCCCAUGCCCUGAUCUUUGUGACCCAGGUGGGGCGCUUCACCGCCGAAGAUGUGACAGCUGCAAAGCGUGUCCGGGAGAUCUUUGGGGACGAGUCCGCCAGGUACACGAUCGUCCUCUUCACCUGCAAGGAAGAUUUGAGAAGGGAAUCCCUGCAGGAGUACGUCCGAUAUUCCGACAACCGCAAUCUGCGGGAGCUGAUCCGGCGGUACGGGGACCGCUUCUGUGGCUUCAACAACAAGGCUGCGGGAGGCGAGCAGGAGAGGCAGGUCUCGGAGCUGAUGGAGCUGGUGCAGAGAGUCGUUUCGGAGAACGGGGGGAGACACUACGUCAUCCGGCUGCUCAAGGUGCCCAAGGCUGCCACGUGGGACCACGGAGCGGGAGCGAAGGAAGAAGGGGACGAUGCCGACCUCCGGCUGAUCCUGGUCGGGAAGUCCGGAUGUGGAAAAAGCGCCACGGGCAACACCAUUCUCGGCUGGAGGGAGUUCGAGUCCCUCCUGGAAGCGAAGACCACCACCCGGACGUGCCAAAGGGGGCAGGGAACCUGGGAAGGGUGGAAGAUCUCCGUGAUCGACACGCCAGCCUUUUUCGAUUCCGAAGAGAUGGAUCCGUCACUGGAGACAGAGAUGAAAAAAUGCCAUCAGAUGUGCCAGUCGGGUCUUCACGCCUUCAUUUUGGUGACCCAGGUGGGGCGCUUCACCAAGGAAGACAAGGCGGCCGCAAAGCGGGUCUGGAAAAUCUUUGGCGACGAGUCUGUCAGGCGAACAAUCAUCCUCUUCACCAGCAAGGAAGACCUGGGAGGGGUCUCCCUGCAGGAGUACAUCAAAAAAUCCGACAACCCAAAACUGUGUAAGCUGAUUAAGAAGUGCGGCAAUCGCUUUUGUGGGUUUAACAACGGGGCCGAAGGAACCGAGCGGGACGACCAGGUCACAGAGCUGAUGAAGAAGGUCCAGAAGAUGGUCGAGGAGAACGGAGGGCGGCCCUAUUGUAUCCCAUCAGAAAAACCAAAACUUUCUUCCAAAAUCCCUGGUUUUCCCAAGAAGAAGAGCCAUCAGUAAACACUGAGAUAUAACGUCUGGGGGGGGGGGUAAUUUCUUUCUCGGCUUUUUUCAAUCACCCCUCUCCAGUUCUCUCGUGAUUCAUCUUAAUGCAUUAAUUGUACCUUUUCCAAUAUUGGCAAGUGCUGAGAUUCAAACCUCCACGAGUCCCCGUCCUUUUGGAUGACAACCAGCAAUUCGAGCCGGUUCCCCCCCCCCUUAUGCCAGACCUAAAGUUUUUGUCAGAUUAUUCUUUUCCCUGCAUAUGUGUUCCCAUUUGGGGCCUGCCGUUCUGCUGGGAGGAGGGGGGGGCGGAUCUGCUGUCGCUUGGGAUAACUUUCGCUUUCUGCUUUCCCUCCCCUGCCUCUCUCCACCUGAAAGAAGAUGUCGCCCUUAUCAGGGAGACAGUUGCGGGAGACACGAAAGCUGGAGGAGACCUUGAGGUGCACACCAACUCGUGCCAGUUACCCGUAACAUCGUGGCCGCCUGUGGAUUGACUGGAUUUCAAACAGACAUUGUGACUUUGGUGGGCGGAGGAAGAUUGCUGGUUUGACCGUGCCCUUUUUGAGUGGGAUUUUCCCCAGAUCUUGCCUUGACUUCCCUGCUGUCACUAACCCCCUAAUAAAAAGUAUCCUUUUCAGACGA